ACCUGUGCUGUCAUGGCCUCGCCGGUGAAUGAAUGCGAUGUUUAUACAUGUCCCAUAUGUUUAGAAACACUUAAAUCUCCUAAAAGUUUACCAUGUUUACAUAAUUUUUGUGAAAUAUGCAUCGGUGAGUUUAUUCUAUCAACAGAACGUCGAUCAGGACAUAAACUUUCGAGUUACCCUUGUCCCGUUUGUAGAUUAGUUGUUACGCCCAUCAACCCAGAAAACGAUACUUCGAAGUGGGUAUCGUCUCUUCCGCACAGUUUACAAAUGGGUCUAUCAGAAAGUACGAAACAGGAAUGCAACAUGUGCAAAAAGCAAAACAAUUUGAAUACAGCAACACACUGGUGUCGGGACUGUGUUGAAGCGUUUUGCGAGGUGUGUUUACGUCUCCAUAAUCUUAUGAAGUUUUCUGCAGAUCAUAAAGUUGUGAAAAUCGAAGAAAUAAAAAUGUGCGCUAGCGGAAGCGAGUCUGAUUUCAGUCUAAUUUCUGAUUCGUGUCCGAUUCACAAAUCAAAAAUCUUGGAAGCGUUCUGUUUUGGCCAUCAGAAACUAUGCUGCGUGCUCUGUCUAACAUUGCUACAUAGAAAAUGUGAAACUGUUCAUGCUAUUGAUGAAAUUCAAUAUCUGAACAAAAGUAGUAUAUUGUCAUCGCUGGAAUCGGAACUAAUCGAAAUGAAAAAUAAAGUAGAUGAAUUAAAAGAGGCAAAAUGGCUCCACAAGGAAAAACUAGACGUCGUCUUCACAGAAAUGGAAUUAAACGCGAGAAAACAUGUUGUAUGUUUGAAAGAGAAACUAGAUAGUCUAUUGGACGUCUUUAUAAAGAAACUGAACUUAACACGUGACGAACAGAGACUGUCUUCUGAAGAAAAGACGGAGGUAAUUGAUAAACUCUCGAGUUAUAUUGAACAAUUACAAAACGUGUCAAAAACGGCCCAAGAGCAUUGUAAUUUAAAUCAAACAUUUAUUUUCUUUGAAAAAUCCAAAAUUCAGCUUAAAUCUGUAGUCCAGGAGGCAAGGGAGGAAAUCAAUAUACAGUCAGUUAAUAAUGCUGAAUUUAUUUUUAGCAAAACACUGGACCAAGUUUCAAGUGUUGAUUCUCUUGGUGAUAUUAAGUUUUCAAGAUCUAAUUCGAUUGAUAGUGAUGAAUUUACUAGACAGUUAUACCCGUUAAAAAGUUUUUUACUGGACAAAAGUAGGCCUCCACUUUCUUAUUACAACAUUUCGUUUAACCAUAAUAAGACGGUUAAUUUAAAAGGCUUUACCAUAUACGGAUGUGUUUUUGCUUCGGAGACCAUAGUUAUUUUAGGUGGAAGUGAGACAUGUAAAGGGGUUUUAACAGGAAACAUUAAGGCUCUUGACAUAGCAACUGGAAAUAUCACAUCAGAAUAUAUUAUCGCGGAAACUGUCAAAAGACUUGCUUAUGAUUUCGAGAGUGCAUCUCUAUUUGUUUCAUGCUAUGGUUCAAAACUGCAAUAUUUGAAGUUUGUCAAAGAUUUCAGGGCACGAGUAAAUCUAGAAAGAAUUACUAACAGCGUUGGAGGUACAUGUGUAUUUGAAAAGAAUUUGUAUGUAAUUGUUGAAAAAGCCGUGCAAAAAGUAAGCAUCGAAAAGUUAAAGGAAGACGUCAUUCUAGAAACAUGUUUUAAGACUGAUACCGUCUGUACAUCUCUUAAUGGACUUGAAAUUGACUGCAAGAAUAAACGUUUACUAUACACAUCUUCCGAUUUUGGGGUAGUGUGUUCGUCAUUAGAGGGUCAUACAAUCUUUUCGUAUAAAGAUAAGAAUAUGAAAAGUUAUUGCUUAGCCAUCUUUUCACAAGGAGACAUAUUAAUAGGUGAUAACAGUGGCUCGGUACAUGUUUUAUCAAAAGACGGUAAACAAAGAAGAACUGUUAUCAAGAAAUGUAAAAAAGUGGUCCCCAUUUGGGAUAUUUGUUUAGACAAAUCUAAUACGAGUUCGGUUAUUUGUGGACCUGACUUCAUGGAAAUAUAUGACAUUGUUUCUACUAAAUAAAAGAUAUAUCAUUUGAAGAUAUCGUUAGAAGUUUGAUAUAAAACUGAUUAAUUAUCGAUCAGUAUACUUAAGUACAGAUACAUAUAGCAGUAAAAGUUAGAAAAAUGCAAAAAAAAAAUUAAUAAUGCUUUAAUUCUCAAUUUUAAAGUUUCUUUAGGGAUAAAAUAGUCAUUGGCCAGGAGUCUAAAACAUUUUGUUAGUGGUUUAAAGUUAUAAUAUGCCCAACUAGUUGUAUGUUUAAAUGUUAUUGUUAUAUAUUUUGUUUUUGUAAUCAUUAUUUCAUUUCAUGUCGCAAACCCAAAAUCAUGUGGUUUAAUCACUUAACUAAAAUAUUGAAUUAAAUUAUGAAUAAAAAAAAAU